AGCCUUGCAAUGGUGACAUUUCCUUGACCUGCUACUUUCGCUACAGGACCUGAGGAGCCCCCUCCCUCCUAGACAACCAGGCACUCCGCACACCAUAUCCUCCUCAGAGCAGGGAAGAGGCUGCGUGCCCUCAACAAACAUGGCCGCCCUGUCACAUUGUCCUGUCAUGUGACCUGUGCAUUACUGACCUUGCCGAUGACUGAGGCGGUAACAGCGGCUCUCCUUCUCAAACAUGGCGCUGUACAGAUCGGGGUUGGAUGUGGGGGACCGGCGACUAAUGAGAUGUGUUAUAACGCUGUACCAGCAAUGCCAUCUGUCAACAAACCAGAAGCCACAAAGCAUUUUAUCCAUUUUGUCUUUGAAGGCCAGACAACUGAAUACAAGAUAUGAGCAAUUUUUGGAAAGAAAGUUCCCCAAAUUUUAUACAUUAUAUUCUACUUUUACGAAAGGUUUACGGAUGUUGUUGGUAGAUGGAAAAGAUGUACACAUGAUCAAGAUGAAUAUGAGAAGUCGGGGAUUAAAAUAUUACCAACUACCUUACAGAGAAAUGGAGAAACUGAGACAGUUCCGAAGAGAUAUUAUUAAAGCAGCACCGGUGAUGAUUAUUUCAAUUCCACCCUUUGCCAAUUACUUAGUCUUUGUUCUGAUGUAUUUUUUUCCUCGCCAGAUGUUAAUCCGACAUUUUUGGACUCCAAGACAACAAGAAGAGUUUCUGGAAAUUUACCACAACAUGAGAAAUGAGGUCUACGGGGAUGUGCUAGAAAGUUUACAAAUUGCUGCUUCUAAAGUCUCCAAGGAGCCUCUGCACAAUCGCAUGGUCCAGUUGUUUACACAGGUGCAGAAUGGAGCUCAUCCCCAGCUGACGGACAUUGAAGCAAUCAAAGCAGCUUUCUCAGGCCCCCCUCUCUGUAUGACAGAAUUGGAUAUUCCUCAAAUGAAAGCUUUAAGCCGCAUUAUGUUCUUGACGCCACACCUCCCAGGCUUCUUCCUGAAACGCUGGCUCAAAUCGCACGUUUUAGAGAUUUGGCACCUAGACGGCGCGCUGCUCCAACUCGGGAUCGAUGAACUUACUGACGAGGAAGUAAAAAGGGCGUGUUACCUCAGAGGACUAAAUUCUAACAAUCUUGGUACAGAAGCUUGCAGAAGGUGGUUAAGCUGCUGGAUCCAGCUGUCUGGAAAAUUGGAAGUGUCUGAGGCUUCCUUAUUGGUGCACAGCAUGGUCCUUCUAUCUACAAACUAUCACCAGUCUCUGAAGGAUUGAUCGUUCUCUAAAACAUGAACAGCCUAAAUAUUUCCCUACAGCUUCAAAGACUGGGACGUGAUGACAUAAAGUGUGCACUAUGGAGGGGUUUCUUACUUUAUUUUGUUAUUCUAGCCAGAUGUUGUUGGAAUACUUCAUUUAAACCUGGGAAACUACUUGUAGGAUCUCACUUUACCUGGACAAGUACUUGAAAGGAGGACAUGGACCAAUGGGACCAAACAAAUGGCGUGUCUUGGUUAUGAUCACCGAUCUUCUCAACUGACUGAACCAACUUGAAUUAACCAUCUGCAGACUUUCAUUAUAUGUUUUAUUGGUUUCUAAACAUAAAUAAGUGUAUUGUGGUCCAAACUCUUCUGUACCAAAGUAAAAAAAAAAGGUCUAAGGACCAGUACAGUUUAGGAUACGAGAUCCAUUGUUGUAUAGAUAGCACUUUUUGUUUCCUCAUGGCAUCAAAAAUAUAACAAAAGAGCCAACAGCAAUAUCAGAAGUCUGGCCUUCUGCUGAUGGUAUCAGUUUAAGACACUUCUGAGAUCAUUGAUUGGGGCAUUUGGCCUCCUUUUCACCUGUUUCAAGCAGGUUUUGUGUUUCCAGUAACUUGUACAAGAAUAUAAACUCCCACUUUGAAAUGGGGGGGGCAUCAACACCAGCCCUUCAUCUAUAUCAGGGAUCCUCAAACUACGGCCCUCCAACUGUUGUAGAACUACACAUCCCAUGAGACAUGACUAGGCAUGAUGGGAAUUGUAGUUCCUGAACAACUGGAGGGCCGUAGUUUGAAGACCCCUGAUCUAUAUGCAGUUAGUCUUAUUGUACAUACGCAGUAUGGCAGAUUUUUUAAGUGGCUCGCUGCAUGCAUAACGCCGAUUUGCUAAAUCUGCAAUUGUCUAACUGGGCCAGAUUUAACAAAAUGACAAUCCUUUUGGUUCAACAUCUUCAGUGAAACCAGAGUCCUGCCACCAUUCCUAUUGUGCUUCUAGUAUGAGCUUUGUUCAUAUAGCUUGUCUAUAUAACCCAGAUAACACAUCAUUUGGUAGAUGCAGCCUUACAGUACUCAGGGUGACUAAAUACUGAUGCUCAAGAAUGUAUGUCCUUUUAACCUUCAUACUUGGAACUACCGGUGCUUCCAUAAAUCCUUUAUUGGUACUACUCUCUGCAGCAGAGAAGUGCAACCUGCAAAUACUCAAAGUAAUCGCAUGCCUUUUUUUAUUUCACGUUGAAAAAAUGACUUAUAUGAUGCACUUUGUUAGUAGCAUUACCAGGAGUCCCACUGCAACAUAGUUUUGGUAUUUUUUGAGCCUGCCAAUAGGUGAGUUAUUUUACUAGGGACACAUGAUGGUUGUAGAUAAUUAAAACAUAGUUUAUAAAUUUAUUUUGGAGUUCACCCUUUAAAUCCAAACAAUUAUAGCGUAUACAAUUG